GCGUAUCACCGAUGCGUAGAACCGGAUCCGAUAGUAACCCUGGGUCGUCUCAAAAUCCUCCUUCUAAGAGAAAUAAAAACUCUAAUCAAUCAGCAGAUGGACUCGUUGCAGGAAAGGCCAGCUACAGAGAUCAGCUUGUGGGUCACAAGUUGGCAGUAGCUCCAGCGGCCUAUCCCGAUGCGAGAUUCUCUGUUGAGGAAUGUGAUUUGUUGCAGGACAAACUGAUGGAGUUGGUGUUUGGUGAUGACGGCGCCAACAUUCCUCAUCAGUUUGAAAAAAUUUACCAUGAGAAGGGUGCUCUUGUCGUAACUUGUGGUAAUUCUGAAACAACUGACUGGCUAAAGAGGGUGGCACCGAAGCUGGCGCUGGGAAGUGAGGGGAGUAUGGAGGUCAUUGUAGCAGACUAUAAGGAUCUGUUGCGCACGACCAAAGUGCUCCUACGCACUGACAGGCGCUUGGCCAAGGUCGAAGCCUCUAAAGUGUUUGUUCAGAUUGAGCGACAAAAUCCUGGUGUCACGACAAAGGACUGGCGCGUCAUUGGUGGGAAGAGGAAGGAUGAUCAUCAGAUUCUUGUUCUUGCUAUUGAUGAAAUGAAUGCGCAGGUUCUGAAAGAUCGUGGCUGGAUUAUCUAUCUGGGUCUGGGGAAAAUACAGCUCAGAGUUAUCUCUGGUGCUCCCUCUGAUGACUCAGGUCCUUCAAGCGAACCUACAACACAGUAAGGCUGCCACGGCUGUGUUCUGUCUGAGCACGGUUAAGCAGUCCUUAGAUUAUGCCUUGAUUCAAGAACCCUGGAUCAAUAAUUUUAGAAUUGCGGGGAUGGGAACUAUAAAGGGUAGCAUCUUCUCUGCAUCUGUACCACACCCUAGAACUUGCAUUUGGGUUAAAGAGGGGCUAAAAUGUAAUCCAGUUCUAGAGCUUUGUUCGAGGGACGUAACAGUAAUUAAGACUGUAUGUACUAAAUCCAACAUAAAUCUGCUGCUGGCCUCUGUUUACAUGCCACAGGGCGACGAUGGACUGCUCCCAUCGGCCGAGGUCAGAAGAUUGGUCGACCUCGCACACGAGUCUGGAUCUGAACUCGUGAUAGGCUGCGACUCCAAUGCCCAUAAUACGGCCUGGGGAUGCAGGGACACUAACAACCGAGUGCAGCAGGAGGAGGUGAGUCCAGAGCGGCCUAACCUGGGCCGUCGUGCCACUCAUUCUAUGUGGAGCACUGCUUGCCGCAUAGUCACCUUCAGCAAGGUAAGAUGGGCUGUUGGCUUAUUACGACCCUUCAAAUCGCCGGGUCCUGAUGAGGUAAGACCUGUUUGUUUGCAGGAGGGUCUUGAUACAAUUAUACACCCACUCUGUAAACUUUUCAGAGCCAGCUUAGCGUUAGGACACAUUCCCUUAGGGUGGUGUAAUUCGCGUAUCGCAUUUAUUCCUAAACCAGGAAGGGAUAGUUACACUGACCCUAAGUCAUUCAGACCCAUUUCUCUAUCUUCUUUCUUUCUUAAGAUCCUAGAGAAGUUGGUCUCAAGAUAUAUGAUGGAUACAGC